AGUAGAAAAAAAGAAAGCUAUGUUUUCAAGCGUUUCAAAUUACAUUUUAUUUUUCUUUAUUUCUUGCACGGUUGCCCAAGAAUUAAGCUAUCAUGGCAACUGUACUGUUGGUUGGUUAGAGAAUGGAAGCUAUUGCUACCUUUUCCAUGGUAUAACAGGAAAAGUAAAGGGACAAACCUGGUAUAAUUCCCUUUUAUCAUGUCAGCGUUAUGGAGGAAAUUUAUUAAGUGUGGCUGAUAGUGCAGAAAAUGCAUUCAUUAUUGAUCAGUUCAAAGAUACAAAAAUGAAACAUCAGCGUUUUUGGAUUGGACUAAAUGACAUUCAGAAUGAGGGAAAUUUUGUGUGGUCUGAUAAUUCAACUUCUAAUUUUCGAUUCUGGAAUCUUGUUUCUGGUGAACCUAACAACUUGAACAAUAAUGAGGACUGUGUUGAAGUAUUUUACAAUGGCGUAUGGAAUGAUAAUUUAUGUGAUCAACAGUAUGGAUUUAUUUGUAAAGUCAAAAUCGGUGCGACAACAUUUGCACCACCAACUUUGCCUCCAUUUCCGAACAAUACAGAUAUUCCCGGAGAACCAGAAGAUGUUUCAGUUCUAAAAACAGAUGUGACAAGUGUUAUGUUUCGUUGGAAAGAACCCAGAGUUAAAAAUGGUUAUGUGCAAUACAGAAUUUAUUACAAGUUGAAAGAAGAUUCAGAAGAAAGCAAGCCAUUGUUUUUUGGUGUAACAAAUGAAACUUUUGUUAAUGUCACUGGACUUAAAGAGUAUAGUAGUUAUAUAUUUUUUGUUCAAGCUUUUACUGGUGGUGGGAACAACACAAAUUUGAGCAAUAUAACAGCUAUGACUUCUUUCGGUCAUUCUCGAGGAGGUCCAGUUAAUUUGACAGUUAGAUCUGUUUCGUCUACUUCUCUAAAUGUGUCCUGGAUUCAUCCAGAAGAUUCUUCAUUGAGGCUCCGUUAUAUAAUUUACGUUAACAACAAAUAUGAAACAACGUUCGCCAGUAGGACAUCAUUUCUUGUAGAAAACUUAAAUAUAUUUACACUUUAUAACAUUUCUGUGUGUGCAAUUUAUCCAGAAAAUAAAUCAAGUUGCUCCAAUACAACAGGGCACACAUUACAAGACAAUUCGCUUUCAACACCCACAAUGACGACAUAUCCGUUGUCGACGCCCAUAACGCCCGCAUAUCCAUGUGACUCUGAAGAAUGGAAAUAUUAUCAAGGUUAUUGUUAUUGGAGUUCAUUGUAUCAUCAGAGUCCGCUUCAUCAUAGAAGUAAUUGGUUUAACGCUGCAAGAGAAUGUCGUAAAAGAAAUUCCGAUCUUGCUUCCAUUCAAAAUCCAGGAGAAAAUCACAUGGUCUUCACUCUAAAUAGAUGCGCUGAUGCUUGGAUUGGUUUAAUGAUGAUUGAUAGCAACUUAAAAACGUCGCAAGCAGGAUGGGAAUGGUUUGAUAAUUCUCAAAGAAACUUUGCUAACUGGCUUCCACAACACCCAUUAAGAGAUCACUAUGAAUGUUCAUCUUUAUAUAAUGUCAACGGUCACUGGAUAAACAGCAUUCACUGUGGGAAUGCUAGAAACUACUACGUAUGCAAAAAGCAAGCAACUGGAAGUGGUUUUGUAAACAUUACGACUGAAUUUCAUAAGCUUCGAGGCCCUUGUGAUGACGGAUGGUUUGUGUUAGGGGAGAAAUGUUACCAUGUAAAUCCGGCCAAAGUAGAUUAUUUUGAAGCCAUGAUUCAAUGUCAAAAUAUGAAGGGACAACUAGUAUCAAUACAUAACAGCAAAGAAGAUGCAGAUUUAACAAGAAUCUUUGACGCAUGUGAAACACCAUGGAUAGGGCUUGAAAACACUGACCCCAACAAAGUUGGAGAUAACUCAGGAUGGAAAUGGAGCGACGGAACCCUUAUUGACUAUCAUAAUUGGAAAGACGGAGGAAUCACAAAAGACCAAACAAAACAGUGUGGUAUGCUACAAAGGGGUGCUAAAUGGGAAAAUGUUCCAUGUUGGGAACUACAUCCAUUUGUUUGUGAAAAACCAAAGCCCAAAACAAUAUAAUAAAUUAUAAUAUACUAAAAUGUUAAAUAAAGCGUCAUAAUUAACAA